AUCAAAGGGGACUUCACUGUCUUCUCACCUUAAAGCCUAGAACUCCCAAAUCUAAAAGCUCCCCUCAUUGGAUCCCUCCUUCCAGAGACUCUUCUGAUGGGUCAAUUCUUUUUGCUGCAGCCACAUUGGGAAUGGGUCCUUCGUUUGACUCAAAUGAAGGCAGCCGCUUAAUCCGCAUAAUGGUGGAGUCGACCUAAAACAUUCUCUCUCAACCAAUAAUAUACAGAAGAACCUUGCCUACCAGUUGCGAAACAACUCUGGUCUGUUGCUGAUUGCGUUUUGACCAAGAAGCUUCUGAGAAUACCAGUUUUUGCAUAGCAGAAACUCAGACUCAGAGAGAAGGGAGGAGGAAUAUUGGAGUAGAGAGACAGAGAGAGAUGGACAUUAAUGUGAUCCAUUCCUCCAAUGCAGAGCAGACCCGUUCACCAUCUUCUUCUCCACCUCUUCAAACAGCACCAGGAGGAUGGAAAGCCGUACGAUAUAUCCUUGGGAACGAGCUAGACCUUUGAAAAAUUGGCUGCAAUGAGUUUGAUAGCCAGUUUAGUGGUGUAUCUGCAUGACAAGUACAACCUGGACACCGUACGUUCAGCUGAUGUGUUCAAUAUUUGGGCUGGUUUCACCAACUUUCUACCACUAGCAGGCGCUUUUGUUGCAGAUACUUAUCUGGGAAGAUUCCAUACUCUUCUCUUCGGCAGCGCAGCUUUGUUUCUGUUCAACACCUCAACAGAAAAAGGAAGAGCACAACUAGAGAGCUUCUGCAAUUGGUGGUAUUUCUUAUUUAUGAUCGCCCUCGUGGUAGCUCUCAUAAUUACCGACCCAAGUGAUGAAUUGGACAACCUAGGCAAUCCCAAGAAUGGUUGGAGGUUAUGUAGCUUGCAACAAGUGGAACAGCUGAAAUGCAUGCAUGAUUGGUGUUCUACCUGUUUGGUUAACAGGAAUCGGUUGUUUUCUAGCCAUGACACAAAUGAGCUCAUUUGGUGUCCUACAAGGGUUGCAUUGCUUGUUCCACAAUUUGCCUUGUCGGGCUUGAUUGAAGCCUUUGCUGCCAUUGCCAUGAUGGAGCUGCUUACUAAACAUUGGCCGGAGAGGAUGAAGACAUUUGGUGGGGCAAUCUUCUUUCUCAGCUUAUCAAUUGCUAGUUUCCUAAGCUCCAUCAUUAUAAAUAUAAUCCUCAAUAAGAAUAGGCUCGACUACUUUUACUUCACCAUUGCCGCUCUCGCAUCAUUAAAUUAUAUGUUUCUGUGUCUUCGCCCGGCAUUAUUUGAGGUUUGGCGAGCCCCAGAAGUCAUCUCAUAAUUGCGAAGCAAAUGAUGAAGAAACAGAGUUGAGGGCAAAAGAAAGUGAAUAGAUAACAACUCAGAGGAAUUUAGCAGCUUUUAUAUUCGUUUAGCAUCAUAUAUUCUAACAGUUUUUACGUUUGCCAGCUUAAAGACAUGUAGAUCCAAAGGUUGAUUUGAAAUAAAUAAAUAAAUAGAAGAUGGA